AUGGCGGAGGUUGCAGUUCUGGGCAAAGGCUCUUGAAGAGUUGUACUACUUUCAGCAUGUCGGUCGAACUCGACUUAGAAAGAUCGGAUUUAAUGGGUAUACGAAGCGGACCACUUCAGACGUAGCCUAAAUAGUCACGAAAACGGAGGAAAAGUUGGAUCUUGAACGCUGUGGUAAAAUGUAACCCUUUUUCUUAGCGCACCAGUCAACAGCCCUGGGCAACAAAUAUGGCUACUUGUGUCUACUCUUCUUUCUAUUUGGGAUGAAAAGCGACACAACUUGGCUAUGCAAUACAAUUGCGGGACUACGACUCAACUCUUCCAAGAAGUGACCCAUCCAGAAAGAGUUACGGCUGAACUGUAUAGAGAUCUUGAAGUGGUCAGCUGAUAAAACGUAGGCAACGCGGUGUCGUGCAAAUAGCAGCGAGUUGAGAGAGAUGGAGUCUAAGCACAAAGAGUUGUUAGAUAAAUGCUACCAGAACUUACUGGAGUCAAUAACACAUGCAGAUCGGGUCGUGGAGGUGUUGUCUCAAACUGGUACCCUCACCCAAUCGGAACGUUAUGAACUGGGUCACAACUGCUCGUCCAACUCGGAGAAAGUGGUCCUUCUACUGAAAAUCUUGAUAAGCAAAGAGAGAGACCAUUUCCAAGACCUUUGCGCUGCCCUAGAAAAGACGCACCCUCACCUGAAUUCUGCACUUUUAAUGAACGGCGUUGGACCCGUAGAUCAUUCAUCUGGGUCCACCUACAGUGUUUUGUCCACCAUGCCGUCUGACUCUGAAAGCAGCAGUUCCCUCAGCAGCAUAGGUACCACGGGUCAAGCCUCGUCCCCUCCUCCGGCCCACAUGGAGAAACGCCACGGUCAAAUGAGUGAGAAGAUGGAGGCGGUUCUGUUCCAGCUGAGACAGGUGACCCGCGAGAGGGACGAGCUACGUAAACGCCUGGCCCUGUCCUCGCCCGGCACCACCUUCGAUGACUGCAGGCCCAACUCCAAGUCAGGCCACGACUACGAGCGUCUGAAGCUGCAGUGUAUGAAGGCCAUGGCAGACCUGCAGUCCUUACAGAACCAACACAGCACAACACUGAAGAGAUGUGAGGAGGCUGUGAAGAAAGCUGACUUCUACCACACGCUCCACAGUCGUCUGGCCAGCGAGCAGUCUCAGCUGAAGGAGGAGCUGGAUGCUGUGAGGCAGGACAACAUCCAGCUGGUCAGAGAACACAACCAUGUGAAACAGAGCUGUGAGGAGAUGAGGAGACUACAUGAUGAGGACCAGAGAGAGCUGGGAGACAUGAGGCUGCUUCACCAACAGGUGAUGAGAGAUGGGUCGUCAGAGAUCCUCAACAAGCUGUAUGACACAGCUAUGGACAAGCUAGAGGGUACCAAGAGAGACUACGAGGCUCUGAGGAAGAGGUACAAUGAGAAGACAGCCAACCACAACACAGACCUGAGCCGUCUGGAGCAGGCAGAGGAGGAGAACAGGAGGCUACAGAAACAGAUGGAUAUGUUGUUGAAGCAGAGAGACACUGCUACACACUACCAACAACAGUACUCUACCUCUAUGAGGAGGUUUGACUCGACCCAGGCGGAGCUGUCGAAGGCUGCAGCGCAGAACAAGGAGCUACAGAGGGAGAUGGAACGGCUGCAGACAGAAACCACACGGCUGAAGACCCAGCAGCUGAAGGCUGUUAAGGACUGUGAGAAGUACAAAGAGGAGAGGGACUCGGUCUUCAACGAGUACAGACUCAUCAUGAGCGAGAGGGACCAGGUGAUCAAGGAGGUGGACAAGCUCCAGACAGGGCUGGAGGUGGCUGAGGCCAAACUGAAGAACACCUCGUCAGAGAAAAGGAUGACCAGCGAAGAGUUGGAGGCACUACGCCAGGAGCUUGGUUCGGCGCUGAUCGACCGAGACAGAGCUAUCUGUGAGAAGAAUGAGCUGUUGGAGAAGUGCUGCCACGAGGUGAAGGACAAGGCUGAGGCCCAGAAGGAGCUGAGCCAGGCCUGUAAAGACAUCCAGACGAUCCGGGAGGAGAGAGACGUGGCCCGCAAGGAGAGGACAGAGGCUAUCAUACAGAGAGACCAGCUACUGAGAGAAUACUACCAGACUAGACAGAAACAAGACUCGACCACCCUGGACAUGGAGCGGGCCAACAAGGAGAUAGAGGUGCUGAGGAAGCAGUAUGAAGCCAUGUCUCAGGAGCUGAAGGAGGCGACGCAGGAGGCCGAGGUGGCCAAGUGUCGACGCGACUGGGCCUUUCAGGAGAGAGACAAGAUAGUGGCAGAGAGAGAGAGCAUUCGGACGUUAUGUGACAACCUGAGGAGAGAGAGGGACCGAGCGGUGAGCGACCUGGCAGAUGCCUUGAGGAACCUGGACGAUACCAGGAAACAGAAAAACGACGCAUCACGCGAACUCAAGGAGCUCAAAGAAAGGAUUGAAGACCAGUUGGAAAAGGAGGCAAGUUUUCGUCAGCUGAUGGCUCAUAAUUCACACGAUUCAGCCAUCGACACCGACUCUUUGGAGUGGGAGACGGAAGUUGUGGAGUUUGAGAAAAACAGAGAGGACAUGGAUAUAAAAGCACUUGGUUUUGACGUUGCCGAGGGGAUAAAUGAGCCAUAUUUACCAGGAGACUGUGGGAUAUUUGUGAGUAAGGUGGACAGAGGAGGUAUUGCUGAAGGAAGGUUAAGAGUGAAUGAUUGGCUGUUGAAGAUAAACAAUGUGGACCUGACCAAUAAGGACAGGAAGCAGGUUCUGAAGGCAGUGCUGAGUGGAGAGGGAGUGAUCAAUAUGGUGGUCCGCAGGAGGAAAUCUCUGGGAGGACGCUUAAUCACUCCUAUUGAGAUCAACCUCACAGGAUACAAAGACAGUGGUAUAGGUCUGGAGAGUGGGGUGUUUGUAGCUGGGGUCACUCCGGGCUCUCCAGCAACCAAGGAGGGUUCACUCACAGUCGGAGAUAGACUCAUCGCUAUAAAUGGAAUUGCACUAGAUAACAAGUCACUGUCUGAGUGUGAAGCUUUACUGCGGAGCUGCAGAGAUGCUCUCAGCGUCUCUCUCAUCAAGUUCCUCCCACAGAGUUGCUCCGGCCAGAGUAUCUUCGAAAACCUGCGAGACGCCUCAGAGAAGACCUCCAACUGCCGCUUGCUCCACUCCUGCCCGGAGGUCCACUCCUGGCACUCCCGGAAAUCCAAGCACAACAACAGCUCUACCCAGACGGACAUGUUCUGCCCUGAAAUUGGCUCCAGUGGUGGAGAGAGACACAACCAUCACAACAAAGACAGGAGUCAGAGUGACAUUGUAGACAACAACAGUAGAGAUGGCUCCCUCUGCCAUUACAACAAGCCAUUCUCCAGUAGCUCCAUGUACUCCCGCUCUCUGUCCCACAGGGGGAGCUGUCUGCAGCACAGCCCAGUUAGUUCAGGGCCCCUGGGGUCCCCAGAGCCCCACCAGGACUACUGCUACAAGAGAGGGGAGUCACACAGCAGACGACCUCUCACUUUCACCCCUGUGGCCUCCGACUGUAUUACCCUGCAGAGCACGCUGCUGGACAGAGACAGAGACAGAGGAGGAGGAGAGGAAGGACACACCACUACUCCAGAGAGCGAGAAGCCGAGCGGAGGCACCUGGCCUAAAGUCAUGGUGGGUGCGUCCAUCCCCGAGUGUGCCCAGCUCUCCAUCUAUAAGAAGCCCAAGCAGAGGAAGUCCAUCUUCGACGCGGAGACCUUCAAACGGCCCGAGGCGCCCUCCAAACUGGACUACCUCUCCCUGUCCCAGCUACCAAAACACUCCCUGCAGGACUCUCAGUCUGAGGUGGGGCCGGGGCCAGGAGUGGGGAUAGGGCAGACCCCUCCCACCCUGCCUCAGAGGAGCGAUUCGUUCAGGUUCAAACACCGCCAUCAGACCAGCUCUGCCUCGGACUCCACCAUCACCACAGGGACAGGCACCCCUCCAACCACCCCGGGCCAGGCACAAGGUGGCCUACCCCUGGUGGGCAAACAACAGGAGGGGGGGGGGCUGGAGGGUCGAGACAGAGCGAAAGACAGAGAUUGGGACAGAGAUGGGGAAAGAGACAGAGAGAGGGACCGAGACAGAGAAAGUCGAGAUCGAGACAGAGACAGGGACAGUGAGAAGCAACAUUACUACAUAGACCCUCCUGGAGAGGGGAAGCAGCCAAUUAUCAGCUCCAGGAAGUCAUGUGAUGAGGAUGUAGGCAGGCAGAGGGGGGAGGAGCUGGACAGGGACAGGAGAAGGUACCGGCCCAAAUCAGCCCCUGCGUUACGCCGGAACAUGACCCCUCUACACAUCCACAUCCCUAUCCAGGUCCAGAAUGUCUCUAAGGACGAGGCGUCUCCAGAGCCGGUGGACUUGGUGCGUUUCUGUCCCACGCGUUCCCAUCGUUACAGCAUGCCUUUGGUACCACCAGGAUACAGCAGCACAAUGGCUGCACAUCCCGGACACAGAGGUCUAGCCCCAUGUCCUGCUGUCACCGCUGUGAUGAGGAACCCAGUCUAUACCGCCUGGAGUCAUGAUGUUCACACUAACAACAACUGUCCUCCUGCACCCACCUCAGGCAACCACUCACACUCUCACCCCAGUCCCCAGCACCAAGGUCGUCUGAGCCUGGACUUGAGCCAAAAGCGAUCUGGUGACUUAACGUCAGAUUCAUCGUCCCAUAGCCAGGCACCACACAGCACCAACUCCCUGCCCUCCAGUGCCAGACUGGGUUCCUCUGGUAAUUUACAGUUCCGGGCAGAGCGUAUUAAAAUCCCCCCUACUCGAUACCCACGCUCUGUUGCAGGGUCUGAUAGAGGGUCGUUGUCCCACUCAGAGUGCAGCUCCCUGUCCCACUCCACUCCUCCCAUGUCCCCCGUCAACCUAGAGACAACAUCCUUCGCCAGCAGCCAAUCACAGAGCUCUAUCUCCACCAGCGCCAGCCAGCCCAGGAUAUCAGUCAGCCCUGCUCUAAUAGGGGACCGACGGAAUGACAGAUAUCUGUUCUAUAACAGAUCCUUUCUCCGCCUGCCUCUGGCUGUUAGGCCCAGGUUCUCCUCAUUACGGAGCUUGAGGCCCUAUCUGGAGGAGCCCCGUAACGUGACGGUACAGAAGGGGGCAGAACCGCUGGGCAUCUCCAUAGUGAGUGGGGAGAAUGGGGGUGUGUUCGUGUCCAAGGUGACGGCAGGAAGCAUCGCGCACCAAGCGCGGCUGGAGUACGGGGACCAACUGCUGGAGUUUAAUGGGAUCAACUUGCGGAACGCCAACGAGCAGCAGGCGAGGCUUGUGAUUGGUCAGCAGUGUGACACCAUCACAAUCCUGGCUCAGUACAACCCACACAUGUUCCAGCUGGGAAACCACUCACGCUCCAGUUCUCGUAUGGAGUCCAUCAGUGGUCAGCUUAUCCCCCAGCUCAGCGGAGACACCACCCCAGACAAUCACUCCGUCAUCGACACCUUGAGUGAGCAAGACGAAGGGACCAUGACACCACCUUCUAAACAGACCAGCCCAGCUACCAGCCCUCACAGCUCCUUCAGGCUAUCUUCUCCAGGUGCAGGUUUUCGCAGGGCCCCAGAGGUGAGGCUGGUGCGGCUGAAGAAGCCCCAGGGAGAGCUGGGGUUGCAGCUCUGUGGAGGGAACCUGUAUGGUAUAUACGUUGAGAGUCUGGAGGAUGACAGCCCUGCCAAGUGUCCCGACGGACUGGUGCCUGGAGACCAAAUACUGGAGUACAAUGGUGUCAACAUGAAGAAUAAGACUGCAGAAGAGGCUUACCUGGAGAUGUUGAAACCGGCUGAAACGGUCACGUUUAAAGUCCAACAUCGUCUGGAUGAGUUCACCAUGCUCAAAGACUCACCAGGAGAUGGUUUUUAUAUCAGAGCACUUUAUGAGCGGGUAGCAGAGAUGGAGCUGGAGCUGAGUUUCAAGAAGGAUGACAUCCUCUACAUUGAAGACACGCUACCAAAGGGCAACUUUGGCUUCUGGAUGGCGUGGAAGUUAGAUGAGAGCGCACGCAAGCUGGCACGAGGGCAGGUCCCCAGCAAAUACAUGAUGGACCAGGAAUUAUACAGGAGACACAGCAUGCCUGAUAUGAAGGAUGAGAGCGGUACUGCCAGUAAGACCCUCUCAGCUGCCGCUCGCAGGUCCUUCUUCCGCAGGAAACAGAAGCACAAACGCUCUGGGUCUAAAGACGGGAAGGACCUAGUGGACGCCAUCAGCACUGACUCACUGCCCAUCAUGGAGGAUGGUGUGAGCCUGGCCUACCAGAGAGUCCAGAAGGUAGAGUUUUCCAGCCCCAGACCAGUGCUGGUUCUGGGGCCCCUAGUGGAGGCUAACAAGGACAUGCUGGUGAAGGAGGCCCCUGGGAGGUUCUGUCGGUGCCUACCUGAGGUGAUGAAGGCAUCUCAGCAGGCGAUAGAACGAGGGGUGAAGGACUGCGUCUUCAUAGACUUCAAACGAAGGAGCGGCCAUUUUGAUGUCACAACUGUUGCUUCCAUCAAGGAAAUCACAGAGAAGGAUUGUCACUGUUUGCUUGACAUUGCACCCCAUGCCAUCGAACGGCUUCACAGCGUUCACAUCUACCCAAUCGUCAUUUUCAUUCGCUACAAAAAUGCAAAGCAGAUAAAAGAACAGAAGGAUCCUCGAUACUUGUGGGAUAAAGUCUCUCAGAAACAUUCCAAGGAGCAGUUUGAGAUGGCACAGAAAACUGAACAGGAGUACAGCAAGGUCUUUACAGGUAUCGUCCAAGGAGGAAGCCUGUCCUACAUUUGCACUCAGAUCAUGACAAUAGUGGACCAAGAACAAAGUAAAGUCCUGUGGAUUCCUGACAGAGCUUUCUAGAAGGAUCCUAGGUGCUUCUAUCUACGUAACACUUCAACCCUUAACAAGGAAGGGUGGGUACGAUACACUUAUCCACGGCUAAAUGUUCAAAACUGGUCAACAAUAUCACAUCACCGUUAUUAUAAUAAUCAACUGUGAGGUGUCAUCCCAAAUAGUGCACUAUAUAUAGGGAAUAGGGUGCCAUUAGGGACACAACCUCUGAUACACUCUCAACAUAAUAACACUUAUCUGAAAGAUGAAGAUUCAUAUAGCACUGAUUUUUCUCACACCCCACGAAUAGAAGUAAUAAUCCCACUAUAAUAGUGAUAUCAUAGUGAUGCUGUAUACUUCAGACAGGCCUAGAGAUUCGUUUACACUAGUAUUUAAUAUUGUAAUGCUUUUUUACUUGAAUGUUUUUCCCUUAACUCCACUAUGGCACUCCUUGACUCUUCCUGGUCCUAUGGUUCUGAAUCAUAUGUCAGAAUAGAAGUUGAUGCAUGGAAUAGAAAAGAAACAACAUUUUAGACAUGUCUCAGACCUGUUUGUGCUGUAGUUGUUGUCAUGACGGCACAAACAGAUCUGGGAUCAGGCUAGAAUACCAUGUAAUAACCAUGAUGAACUGUAGUUAUGGUAACAGGUUCAACAUGGGCGCAGCAAGUUUUUCUUAACAGAAUGGACCACUGUGUUUCAUCUUUAUGUAUGUUUUCUUUGUCAUUUAAAUUCUCUAAUCCCAAUCAAAUAAUGUUGGUUAUGAACCUUCCUUUAUAGCCUACAAAUGUAGCAGUUAGUGAACAGAAAUGAUUGUGUAUGUUGUAUUUUUUCCCUCUGUUUGUCUGUCAUAACAUUUACAUAUUUAAAGACAAAAAUGUACGACAAAUUUGCAUGAUUCUUUUUUUUCUCUUGUUGAUGUAAAUGAAAGACAUUUUUCUUAAUGUUUAUUUUGUAAUUCAUGAUUUAUUUUUAUUUUUUAUUGAAGCUUUAUUUAACUAGGCAAGUCAGUUAAGAACACAUUUUUAUUUAC